AUGCGGGAUUCGUUUUGGCAGGACGUUCGAGGUCGUUCGAUUGAGGUUGUGCAAGGCCAGCUGGCCGUCGACAAACUCGCGACGGAGUUCGGUCAGGUCGCCGGGAAAAUUUUUGGGAAAAAAAAAGUUGUGCCAGUCGUUGAGGCCUUGCGGGUUUUGCAGGCCGACAGCGUGCGACGUUCGCUGAGCCAGGACCGUCGACGGCUGGCCGAAAAGAUCUUCAGCCGUUUGGUGGCGAGACUUGCCGAGGCCAUCGAUGCUUCGAAAGGCAAGACUGUCUGGAUGGCCAACCGUGUUGAGUCGCUCGAGCAGUUGAGGACAGCUCGCGGCUACCGGAAGGUCUCGCACGGCUGUCAAGAGGCCGUUCUGCAGGCAGGGUCGGCAGCCGGGCCGUCCAUUGCAGCUGCUCUACAGUCUCAGAAACACUUGACGUCGUCCGUCGAGGAGAAGACUACCCGGAACCGGGACAAGCCAGGCAAGUUUUUGGAGUCAGAGCGACUCUCGUACUGCAGCAGCGGACAGUCGACGUUCUCGUCGACUACCGUCCUCAGCGUGGUCGCGGAUGCCGUUCACGUCGGCGACGACGACUGGUUGAACGUCUUCGUGUGCGAUCCUGGCUGCGACGUGUCGUUCUUUUGCCCGCCACAGGUGAAGAAGGGAACCUGCCUCACGGCCGAGAACUUCGUGGACAUGUGGCAGGGCCGCAUCACGAAAUUUUUCCAAAAGGCCGGCACCAAAGGUCGUUCGGCAGGCAAGAGCACAGGCGGAGUUCGGGAACCGGAGCGACAGGCCACUCAGGAGUGGCUGCGGGACGUUUCGCACAGCCUCUCGGCCGUCGGCUGGAGUUGGUCCUCGUGUGGUCCCUCGGCCGACAGUGCCAAGAGGCCCAACGUGAUCGUGCUCUGCACCGAUCAGGAAGCGACACAGUUGGCGGCCGUGAACUAUCUCAAGUUUGGUCGCUCGCUGUUCGUGGAGUUCGUCAACGACCCCGCCCACAGGAGCCAUAACGACGUUCAUCUCGCUAUGGCGUCGGCGGGACUGUUGACAUUCGCCCUCGUCUCGCUCGGCCUCUACAACGUUCGGUACGGGCCGUGGAACAAAGGAACCUGGUUCGGCAAGGUCCAGAGCAUGGCCGACGAAAUGAGCCUUUCCAUGUCGCCCUCCGACCCGCUCCUUUUGACGUUCUUCCCGGACAUCCUGGCCGAUGAGGGUCGUUCGCAGGAGGAGAACACGGAGGAGAAUCGGCGGCUUUUUUUGGAGGGCCUGCCGAACAGGUCGUUCGUUCGGUCCAAGGGAAGCAAGGCCUCGCACUCUCGCUUCAACAGCUUGUCCAUCGCCCAUUCGGAAUUGGACAGGGACUGGUCGUCGUUCUGUUUGGUUUUGGCCGCUCUGUGCAUCGCCGAAGGCUGGACGACGAGUGCCUCGGCACUCUGGGCUCCCGGAGCCGGCAAGGUGCAGGAGGCCAGCACUGGAAGCAGGUCAGCUGCGAAGGCGGCCGCUCGCAAAACGAUGCAGCAACAGCGAAGCAGUUCGGUGAACACACUACACGGCAUGACGUCCUUCGCAUGCAGCCCUGACAACCGAUCGCUGGCGAGAACGAUUUUUUUCGUGCUGCAACCCGAAGGCGUUCGCUGCAGCAAAAUGCUCGAGGAGCUCAGGUCUUUCGAUGCAACCGUGUCCACGUAUGCCGCUUGGGCCCACUGGGGCUACGUGGAGACCGCUCGAGAGCACUUGGUUCGUCUCUCGGACCUGGCUGCCUUGCAGCGACUGGGCUUGAACAUGGCCAUGGACCAUGAUGACGAUUGCGACGAAGCCGCCCUCGUCUACCAGGACACUCUGGCUCGACGGGUCGUGAAGCUCACCGUUCGCCUGCUUCGCUUCCGGUGCGGCUCACAGCUGCCGAGCACGAAUGGUUGGGGUGCUACCGCUGGGCUCCUCCACGACAGCACGGCCUCUCGCCAGGCCAGUCUCCAGUUUUUGAAGGCGGUGGACGUGACUGUGAAGGCCGUACAGGAGACCGGGUCUCUCGAUGCCAAGACAAUGCUCGAGGGCCAUCCGGCCACAGGGCCUGUCAUGGGCAUGGUGUUGGCCGAGCUGCGUGCGGCGUCCUUCGUCGAGGUCCCGCCUGGGACGUUCGACUUUCUGCGGCGUUGCUGGGGCGGCCUCUUGAAUUCGAAGUUGGUCGAAGAUGCCAACAAAGUGCAGCGUGAGGCAGAACAGAGAAACGGGACUGCCAAGACUCUCGGCCGCCUGGAAGGGUGGCAUGGCCUCUCGAGGAAGAGGCUCUUCAAGGAUUACGGCCGUUCGGAAGUGCCCAACGGCACCCUGGUCACCCUUCCCACAUCGUUCGAUUCCGAUGCCUGGUUCGUUCGCAAAAAGAGGCGAACGACAAGCGGGUCAAUCGCCACUGGGUCUGCCAGCAGCUCGCAGCCCGCCGUGGCGGAGGAGACUGCAGAGGAGGCCGUUUGCAAAGGGGUCAGCCAGGCUCGCACUUGGGCGUCCCACACUCCCGACUCUGAGCAGGACAAGCUCGCUGGCUUCUCGUUGUUGGCGAAGGUGGUUCGGGAGUCGAAGGACUGGUCCUUCGUCGAGAAAGGAUGGUGGUCUUCUCUGGUCCCAGAGGGGCACGGCCUCGCCUUCCCGGGCUCAGACAGCGUCUGCUUCGUCGUCCGGACGUACAAGCGAGCGGCCUUGGUGUGGCCGGCCACUUUGGACAAGGGUCCUUCGGGCGUUGAGAGACUCGUGCUCGACACAACUGCGGCCUCUCUGUGCUGGGUGCACGUGUUCGACGAGAACGUCGAGGUUCUCGAUCUCGUGGCCACGUCGCCACAGCGUGUCCUGGCUGUGCAGGAGUAUCAGCGGGUGGGCCUUUGUGACUUAGUGCGUUUCAGCUUUUUUGAGGUGCGUUUCAGGUGCCCAAAAGACAUUCUGCUGUCUCUGAGUGAAGGUCACAAGCUUUACUGGCUCUACUGCUUGCGGUCUCUCGGCGAGACCAGGCCUCUGGGAGUGGCCUUUCGUGUGCAGGCCCGGCACUCGUUGCUCCGCCACCACGAGCUGCACGGGUUCGCGGGAGUGCCAGAGUGGUCUCUGCGGAAGCUUGCACAGGCCAAAAAGUGGCCGGUCUCGGUCCAGGAGGCAGGACACGAGGAAGACGACCGCCUAGCGAUAGUUUGUUUGCUGUCGCUCGACCCUUCGUUGGUCAAGGAAGAAGUGGUCGGCCGCUUGCUGAGCCGCCAAGAGGCCGCUCCCUGGUCGUUCGACACGGGCAUCGACUUGGAGGAGCUCGUGCGGGACACCAUGCUGGCCGCAGAUCAGGAGCAGGCGCUCAAGCAUCUGGCGAACAAAAAGGCCGGUCAGGCGUCGGCCAAGGACGUGCGGAAGAGGGCCUCUCACACCUACGAGCACGUGGCCAAAACGUUCGCUGGUCGGCCGGAGUACAAGAAGUUCCAGGCCCAGCGAAAGGAGAAGGAGAAGAAGGCCGUUCAGGAGCAGAAAGCACGGGCGGCCGAGGCGAAGAGGGUCUACGACGACGUGAACGUGGACGUCGACCGGGUCCUCAAGGCUGCCGUGCCGCCGGGCGUUCGUGUGUACACCGACGACCGGAACGGCCGAUGGAGCCUCACGUACAGCACGGCCUGGGCCUUCGCCACCAGAAGCAUUUCCUGGACUCAGGUCGGCAGCAAGCCGGCCGGGCGGGCUGCGGUUGAGCAAAGCUGGGACUGGGCGGAGACGUUCGCGGGCCUCGCCAUGUCGGACGAGGCCGCAACGAUCCUGAAGAAGUUGUCGGUUGCAGCUGCAGACCACCAGUUUCAGUGCAUAAGUCAACAGCAGGCCGUCUUCAAGCUCGUCCUCCAGCGUCGGCGUGAAGCAGGUCUGUCAGAAAAACAGGCGGCCCGGUUUCGCAUCCGUGGCAAGCGGAUGCUGCGGACGGCAUCCGCCAUGAAGGUCAAGUGGAACCACAAGAAGAGCAAGGACAUUCGCGAGCAGUUCGGGGCGAUGGCAAAGGCGGCCUACGAGGACAACCGCCAAAGGGCAGAGGCUUUCAAGACUGCCCGGAGCAAAGACUCUGUCUUGUUCGACGAACAGCAGGUGGAUCGUGCCCAAGACGAGGAUGCGGAGGCCAUAGCCGUUCGAGUGCAGGAGGACAUCGAGGCCGAUUGUGCUAGGAGGGACGUUCUCGAGGACUCCUGGACCUGGACGUUGGGCGUGCCUUUUCGCGACUUGGUCGAGGUGGGCAGUGGGGUCGACGGACAGGUCUUUCGGGCCUCGUUCCAAGGACAGUCGUUGGCCUUGAAGCUGGCCAAGGGUCGCGGGCUGCAGGACCCGAUGCAGCGGGCGGCCGCAGGUGGCCUCGACGUCGCGGAGGAGUUCGCCGUUCUCGGGGCGCUUGGCCAGCACCCGAACGUCGUUCGAGCCUUCGCCGUUCUCAGCAGUUCGCUCGGAAGGCCAGCUCUGGUCCUCGAGUGGGCAACGGAGAGCCUGCAGCAAAUGGCUCGCAGGCUGAAGGACGACCGCCUGGAGACCUCGCCGGCCGGGCGAAGGUCGCUGCUCAACCUCUUUCAGCAGUUCGUUGUCGGCCUCUCCUACGUGCACAGCCGCUCGUUCCUGCAUUUGGACGUCAAGCCCACGAACAUCCUGGUCUUCGAUGGCGUUCGUGCAGCAGUUGCAGAUUUCGGCCACUCGGAGCACGUUUCGGACACUGGCUGCACGGUGAUCGGCAAUCGGGUCUACACCGAGGCCUUUCGCUGUGCGGAGUGCCUCAUGGCGGCCGAUCGGAAGGUACGUGUGACGUUCGCCGGCGACGUUUGGGCGGCCGCUGUCUCGUUGUUCGAGAUCUGUUGCCCCAAAAAGGCCUCGCUGUGGACAAUCCCACCUGCGACGUUCCUCCGGGACACCGAGGAGCAGACGGCCAAGGCCAUUCGGGAGAUGGCCCUCGCUAAGAGCUCCAAGGUCAUGCCGUACGAUGAGGUCGUUUUGGAGGUCCUGAAGCAGACCUUCGUGCCGGCCAAUCGACGGCUAGCUUUGCCAGGCCUGCUGAAGAUCAUCCAAAAAGCCGUUCGGUCAGCACGACCCCCGUGCCGUCUCGACUGA